UAUGCAUUUCUGAUAAUGUUAUUGUUGUAGGUACACAGUACACUUGUGCAUGUGCGAAGCAUUAGUAUUAGCUAGUGACUUCUAUGUAGUAAAUAAGUCGUAUUUAUUUUUUAGUAUUCAUUAUAGUAGUUCAUUUUUGCGGUGUUGUGUCGCUGUCGUCUGUUGUGCGGUCGUCACUCGUCAGCAGUGCCGUUCAAUGUAAUGAAUGCAUGUGUCAUUGCUCAUUAAUAAGUGGAGCAAAACGAUGUUUGUCUCCUUUGAAAAAAAAUAUUGUCCGUAAUGUUCAAUUUUUUUCGCAUCCCCUCCCUGUGACCUUGUGCGCCGCGUAUUGUGUCGGGUAUAGACGGCCGACGGAUAUUCAUUCCGUUGUAAAUUAUUCUUGACAAAGACGUUUGUUUGACUGACGCAAAAAAAAAAAAUAUAAACAAUAAACACAAAAUCCCUUCCCAUAGUAUUUUUGCCGAUUCGGGUAAUAUUAUUAUUAUUCAUUACUAAGUACUAACGCUUCUUUGUUCAUUAAAUGUGUUGAGUGUUCAGUCGCGUGUGUGCUCCAUUGGGAGCCAAUGUUUUAAUUUGACUGUAUCAUUGUCCAGAAAAUACUGUACACGCUCCGAACGCAGACAUGGCUUUCAAAUGCCUGUUGGUAUGCUUGGUGCUAUCGAUUUCAGUCAAUAAUGUGUGUAGUGAUGUGUCCUUAGAUGAUGUUUUUGACGUUUUUGAGUUGACUACCAAAGUUUUUAAUUUCAUCUCCAAAUCAUGGGAGGUUGCAGACGAUAUGGAAAACCGUAUAGGUAAUGAAAAUACUCCACUCGUAUGGUACACUAAGAAAAAAGAACGAAAGAUUUUAAACUACUUUGGACAAAUCACUCAUCUUGUACAAGUCACCCAAAAGGAAACAAAUGACAUAAGGACUAUGAUGUUGGUUAGUCUUAAAAAGUUGGAAUCGAUGCCUGAUGUUCUUUUGAACGGCAUUCAAAUUAAUGAACUCUUGGAGUCCGUCAGAUCACUUGAAAAUGAUUUUAUGACUAUGGAAGAGUAUAAAUAUGAAGAAAAUGGUAAAAAUGAAAAAACUCCUACAUAUACAUCUUAUACAUUAGAGAAAUUUGCUGAUGCAAUGUUGACAUAUUCUGCGGGAUCUCCUCAUAAGCAAAUGGCUAAAAUUCACUCUUUUAUUGUUCCGCAAUGGGAAGGAUUUAAAUUUCAUACACAUGGCGGUAUUUUCAAUGUUUUAAAAAACACUUUGGAAAAUAGUGAUGCACUUUGUGAUCAAAAACAAUCAUUGCAACAGCUAAUUUUUAAUUUGUAUAAAACAUUGCAUCUUAGUCAAUUAAAAGGAUUUUCUGUUAUGCAAUAUUCAUGGAUGUUACUGCAAACGUAUGGAAAAGGGAAUUUUACGUUCGAAAGGACAAAACAAUUACAAUAUUUUGAGAAAAAAAUCACUGAACAACUUGAUGCUUUAAAAUCUUCAAUUAUUUCCGCAAGUAAUAUCUACUGGAGAUGUGAUCCUGCAAAACAUAUUAAAGAUACAACUUAUUUAGAAGUUACACAGUUAUUACAGGGUUAUAUAGAAAAUGAAGCGGAUAUGAACGUUGAGCAGAGCUGCAUGAAAGAUUGUGGAUACUAUGAAGUUGCAGAACACAAAUCAUGUUUUAAAGAUCAAUUUUGUGCUAAGCAGCGUGUGUGUAACGGACGUAUAUUAAAUUGUCAGUAUAUCGAUUCCGACAUGAGAAUUUGUCAAUCUACAUUUGGAAGCAAUAGGCGAUAUGAUUAUAUUGCGUAUGAAAGAGGUAGGACUUUGGGCGAUUCAUCAGUUGAAUGCAAAGGUACAACAAGUAUGGUGGAUAGCUGGUGGAAUUUUUUGAUUUGGCAUUGUUCUUACUGUUUUUGUAUUUGUGAUUCAAAUGAUGCUGUUUCUGAUAGAUAUUUCAGUUUGAAACCUUCUUUAUCUGAUAUUAAAGAAAAUAAAGUUAUAACAGGUAUAAGGUUUAUUAAAGUUAAACAAAUGUUCCAUUUACAAGCACAAGAAGGUGUACUUGGCCCUCGAGGAACAAUACAUGAAUCUACGAGACAAUGGAUUGAAGUACCGGGUUUUGAGUUUUCUUUUAAGAAUAAAACAUUAAAAGAUGGUGUUGACUAUCAUAAAUUAACAUAUGAAGCCCGCACUAUUGAUAUUGAUAGUGUACUUGCUCCUGAAAAUACUGUUGUUACAGGAGUAAAAUUUAGGAAAAUUGGAUCUCACCUUAAUAUUGAAGUUCGUGUUACAUUAUUUGAUUUUAUUACCGGUAAACUUAUUGAACCCGAGUUGAAAAGUUAUUGGAUCGGAAAUGAAAAUACUGAACUGUCUGCAAACCCAAGAACCGUUAUUGACAUAAGUAAUUCAAAUUUGCCAAUCAAAUCAACUACUCCAUCUGAACUUGACAUGUCAUCAAACAAAUAUCUUACGUUUACACAUUCUUCUAUUGACUACGAUGUUGCUCAAACAACAUUACCUUUCAUUGACAUGCAGACAGUAGCACCAUAUCCAGGUGUACCAUUAUCUGGAUUAGGAAUUUACUUUAAAGGAACAAAAGGUUUUGGUGGAUUUAUUGGUGCCAGUAUUUUUACAUAUGAUUUAAGUAAUGACAUAAAUUCCAAGUUGUUUCCAAUAGAAACAGUAUAAAAGUGUUAAUUAUCUUAACUUUUUUUUUUCUGUAACGUUAAGUAAGUAUCUGAAUGAACUCUAAUUUAAUCUCAAUUUGUUUAAUAAUAAAAUGCAAAUAAUGCAUUUAAUUUCUAUAAAAUAUGUGCCAAUAAAAAAUAAGCCAAAAACUACUUUAUUUUGUUUACUUAGGAUUUACAUUGUUAUGAUUUACAAAUAUUAUGUUUAGUAUUGAUAGUGUAUUUCAUUUUAAUAUUUUAAAGCAUUAAUGUUUUAUUUGAUUUUAAUCUUUAUUCUUUUUAUAUGUAACUUUAAUGAACAACUAAAAUGGAAGCCUUAAAAUUGUGAGCAUUAUUAAUUAAGCACUAUAUUAUUUAAAAAUUUGUAUUUGCACUUUUCUUAAUUUGUUUGUUCUAUCAAUAUAUUUUUAUUUUAUAUUAUAAUUAACUUAUGAUCAAAUAUACAUGUAAUGUACAUUUUUUUUUUUUAAACAAUUUAUGCAAUUGGCUGUUUUUGAAAUAUUAGGCUAAUUGUACACCUAAAAUGUAUAAUAUAAAUUGUGAUUUAAUAAUAAAGGUAUAAAAAAUUAA